GAUAAAGGUCCAAUCGCACGGCUAGUCUGAGAAAAAGGCGGAACUUCCGGUAACGGUAGGAGCGUGUUCCUGUUUUAGCUUGCGGUGAAACCCGGUUUUCAAGCGUUGCUGCUGAUUUUCUAACUGCUAGCCAUGUCUGGCCAGGAGCUGCGCCUAAACCACACCAUCUACAUCAACAACCUGAAUGAGAAAAUCAAAAAAGAUGAACUGAAGAAGUCGCUUUACGCUAUUUUCUCACAGUUUGGCCAGAUCCUGGAUAUCCUCGUUUCCCGGACGCUCAAAAUGAGGGGUCAAGCCUUUGUAAUCUUCAAAGAGGUCAACAGCGCCUCCAACGCUCUGAGAUCCAUGCAGGGCUUUCCUUUUUAUGAUAAACCCAUGCGCAUUCAGUAUGCCAAGCAAGACUCGGACAUCAUCGCCAAGAUGAAGGGCACGUAUGUGGAGCGGGAUCGCAAGAAGGAGAAAAAGAAGCCUAAAACUACUGAUUCGGGAGGAUCGAAGAAGGGUGCUGCUGCUGCUCCUGGCAUGGCUGGAGUUCCUGCUGCUAUGCCUGGAAUGCCUCCUAUGAGUCAGGCUCCUCGUAUGAUGCCAAUGCCAGGUCAGCCUCCUUACAUGCCGCCUCCUGGUAUGAUGCCACCCCCAGGUAUGGGCCCUGGACAGAUGCCACCAGGUGCCAUGCCUCCAGGUCAGAUGAUGCCUGGGCAAAUGCCAGGACAGAUGCCUCAGCAGGUCUCGGAGAACCCGCCUAAUCACAUCCUGUUCCUCACCAACCUGCCAGAGGAGACCAACGAGCUCAUGCUCUCCAUGCUGUUUAAUCAGUUCCCGGGGUUCAAAGAGGUGCGUCUUGUUCCGGGUCGACACGACAUCGCCUUUGUGGAGUUUGACAAUGAAGUGCAGGCCGGUGCAGCCAGGGAAGCGUUACAGGGCUUCAAGAUCACGCAGACUAACGCAAUGAAGAUCUCGUUUGCCAAGAAAUAACCAACCAACCUCCUACAUGAUGCGUCCAAUUCCACAGGAAAAUGUACACAGGAGUGUUCUGCCCUGUACAUCCCUUCAAACAGCUAUCUGUGAGGGGAAGGCCAGACACCAUCUACUGUGUACCUGGAUCUGUGGUCAGGAGGUAAAUCUGGUAAUGUAUGAUGGACCUAUGUUAGUUACCUGUGAGUGUAUAUCCUGAUAAAAGUUGAACAUGCUUUCAUAUCAAUGACAUGGUAAGGUGUUUUUUGUUUUGUUUUUAAUCCCUCCUGAAGAGGAUGAACCUGGAGAUUGUAAGUAGUUGGUUUUUUUUUUUUUUUUUUUUCUUUUUUCUUUUUUCUUUAAAUCCUUGACUUUAGUGUUGAAAAGCAUUGCACCCAGGGUCUGGUCACCCAGACAUUGUACCUGGAGCUUUCCUGUUUAAAUAAAAAUCAUCAUAAUAUUUUUAAACAAAUGCUUAAAACAUGCUGAUUUUUAAUUUGCAUUCCAAAUAAAACAUGAAAUGGUGAAAAUGAAA